UUUGAUACAGUGAAGAUGAUUUUUCUGGUGUUAUUGCUGUUGGGAUCUUCAGCUAAGGGGCAGCAGCCGCCGCCGCCAUGUGGCAGUACGCCUAUUGUUCAGUCGCGAGUUAUUGGAGGACAAGAUGCGAAACCUGGGGCUUGGCCAUGGCAGAUAGCUCUGAAGCGCAAUGGAAGGUUCAUCUGCGGAGGAUCACUGAUUUCUGAUAUAUGGGUGAUUACAGCUGCCCAUUGCAUAGCAGGGAGUUCAAACCCUGCUUCAUACAAAGUUGUUGUCGGCGAUCACAAUCGAAACAUAGACGAAGGAACAGAGGAAGAGGUUGGGGCUCGAAGAGUAAUUGGCCACCCAUCAUACAACAGACCCAGCCGAAUCAACAAUGAUAUAGCUUUGAUUCAACUGUCCACACCAGUGAAGCUUUCUCAGAGGGUGAAUCCCAUUUGCUUGCCAUCGCACGACUCAGAUGUACCAACUGGAUCAAAAUGUUACAUCACAGGUUGGGGAAAAAUCAAACAUCCAGGAAGUUCGUAUCACAUCUUACAGCAGGCCAUGAUGCCAGUGAUCGACAACGCAAAAUGCAAACAAAAGAUCAGCCAAUCCGGAGUGACAAUACCUUUUACUCCCCAAAUGCUUUGCGCUGGCGUCGAGAACACCAUUCUGAGUGGUUGUCAUGGUGACAGUGGAGGUCCUUAUGUGUGUCUAAACUCAGACAUGAAAACUUACACCCUGCAUGGUGCUGUCAGUUGGGGAUCUGGACAAUGUAAUGCCAGGCAAAUCUUCACUGUGUUUGCCCGAGUGACAAAAUUCCGAGCUUGGAUCAAACAGCACACUAAUUUAGAUGGUGGGGGAGGAGGAGGAGUUGGAACACCACCGCCGCCAGCAACCCCGCCGGUUCCAACAACCCCUGGGAACAUUGAGUUCUCGUGCAACUUUGAUGAUGGAGGUUUGUGUGGAUUUUCUCAACCAACAAAUGACAAGUUUGACUGGACUGUUUGA